AUGCCGCGAACUCCCCGUAUGUACAUCACUCUCUACUACCUCGUCACAUGGCUCCCUUACUCCCUUCGCUCGGUCAGGGACCACUUCCUCUCCCUUUGCCCCACCACGCUCACCAUUGACCUCCUCGAGGAGCGCCUCCUAGAAGUUAAGAGUAUAGUCGCUGUAGGAGCCUCUCGUGGUGACCCUCGUGCCCCUUUCUUUAAGGGGUGCUCCUCCGUUCACCUUUUGCCUUCUGUUGCCUCUGCUGCUGCUGUCUACCUCGUUGGCACCGAGUCGGUCGGCACUGCGUCUGCUCCUAUUGGGAGGCGCCGCAGCGGCAGGAGCAAGGGGGGCAAGGGUGCUGGGGGAGACAGCGGGGGCGGCGGUGGUGGAGGUGGAGGCGGCGGUGGAGUGCUGAGGGAGACUGUUACCUGUCUGUACCCGGGCAUUGAGGCUGCUGUUCUAGGUGCUAGUGAGUCGGCUGCUUCAGGUGCUGGUGAGUCUGCUGCCCCAGGUACUGGUGAGUCUGCUCUCUCAGGUACCGCAUCGGCUCAGGCCUUACACACCUUCACCCUUGACUCGGGUGCUUCACGCUCCUUCUUUCGUGACUCCACCACACUCUUGCCGCUUAGUCGGCCAAUGGCAGUCUCUCUGGCUGACCCCUCUAGGGGUCCGGUCCUUACACACUCCUCCACGGUCCUGCCAUGUCCGGCGGUCCCGUCUGACUCUCUGUCUGGCCUCCACCUCCCCUCGUUCUCCACAAACUUGGUGAGUGGAGCUGACCUUCAGGACGGCUAG